AUGAUAGAGAUGCAGGGGGAGAUCGAGCGUAAGGACGGCGGGGGACUGGAUGAGAAAUUUGACAUCGGUACCCUGUCCACCUCAUCGACGGGCAGCAUCUUCCUGACCAUUGGGUACCACCAGCUGGAGGGCAGCCGCGUGCCUCUAAAAAAACCAUUCGCGAUCCUGGAAAAAGACACCAGCGAGGGCAGCACUGGGUACCAGGUCGUCGGCGUGGUCAGGGAAAAGUAUAAGUUCAGUGCGCGUCCACGCCCGCUAAUCUCCAAGCCCCGGGCUUGA